AUGUCAAAAUCAUCCAACUUUCUUUUUUAUUUAACAUUUAUUCUAAUUUUACUUUCAACUUCAAGUGGUGCAGGGCAUGGUGGACGUAUAGAACGUGGUGGGCAGGGUCAACCUUCAGAUUCAAGACAUGAUGGAGCUCGCGGCGUUGGAGCUGGUGUUAUUGGAGCAAAUGAGGUUGGAUCUUCAAGUCGUAGUGCGCAUGGGGAAACUUCAAGUUUAAAUAUACAACGUGUUCGUGAGGAAUUGAUUAGAGAAUAUACUGCAUCAAAAGAUGUUACUAAAUACAUUGAAUGUUUCAAUUGUUUUGUCAACAUGCAAGAACUUACUCAAAAAAAACUUGACAAAACUAUUAACAUUCCUGAAGAGGUUUUCAAUUAUUAA